AUGACCAGUCGCGUGACAACACCCUGGCAUAAGAGUGCCCAAGCCCCUUCUAUGGAGGAUGAGGGAGGCACAGAGAGUCAGCGAGGCCUCCCUUCCCAGGUUCUUAUGUUGAGUCUGACGUUUGGAGUUGCUGGGCCCUCUGGCGCUAACGGCGCCCGCGAUUGUUGCGAGCACCGACAGGGACCGCCCGGAUCCAACCUCGAGGCGGUUUCGACGAUAGUUUGGACACCUAGAGGACCUCACUGCCAGCAUAUGACUAAGCAGGCGAACAUCCCGUUUAGUUAA